UCCCUUAUGAAUUAAAUUUGUGAGGGUAGAAAAAUUUGUAGGUAAUAGUAUAACUAGAUCAGGAUUACCAAAUCAGUCAUGGGACAAACAAGUAUUGUACUGCUAGCCGCAGUGGCGGGUGUAUCUUUUGUCGCAGGUUACUAUAUUAAUCAAUUGCGUGACUACGGAUCGAACUUAAACUAUAAGCGUCAAGGGUAUAGACGAAUCAAGUCCAACUCAUCAUCAUCCACUUCAUCGAAUUCAACUGAUGACUAUACUGAUGAUGAUGAUGAAGAAGAAGAAGAAGAUUCUGAAGAUGAAGGUAUUGAUAUAGAUUCAACUAAUUUAAAUGAAGUUCCAGGUGAAGUACGAAUGACCCUUAUUGUUCGUCAAGAUUUAAAAAUGGGUAAAGGUAAAGCAGCUGCUCAAUGUCUGCAUGCUACAUUAGCAUUAUAUAAAAAGAUUACUAAUCCUCAAUCUGCAGCAUAUAAUCCUGAUAUGGUUCAACGAUGGGAAUAUGGUAAUGGACAAGCUAAGAUUACAUUACAAGUUCCUAAUCAAGAAGAAAUGGAUACCUUAUUUGCUCAAGCUAUAUCAUUAGGUAUUAAUGCAUAUAUUGUUCAUGAUGCAGGUAGAACUCAAAUUGCUGCUGGUAGUGCUACAGUCCUUGGAUUAGGUCCAGCUCCAAAAGCAGUAAUUGAUCAAAUUACUAGUGAUUUGAAAUUAUAUUAAUCCACCAAUGUAUAUACAUGUAUAUAAUACUAGUCAGAGUUUUGAAUUGAAGAAUAUCUGUUUAUGAACUAUAUAA